AUGGUGGUGGAAGUUCAUGACCGUGACCUCAAGUCAGAGGAGUAUUCCCGAAAGCCCACCCUAUUUGGGGAGGACCCCCUGGAUACAUGCCUCAACCUUCAGGCCCUCAUCUCUCCCAAACAGACGGAGACUAACCCCUUUGAAUCCCACAACAAGAUGUGGAAUCCUUAUGGGGUCGCCCAGGUCAGCUUUGCUGACCUCCUUCUUGGCCACACAUACCUGAACCUGUUUGUUCCCAUCCACAGCUGUAAGCCCAAGCCCACAAACAAAGACCAUGACAGCAGGAGCAGGAAGGUUGUGGGAUUUCGGGUUCCAACAGACAAUCUCCAGCAUGGCUCGAUGCCCAUGGGCAACUACCUAGAGGCAAAUUCCCUCCUCAAGCUGCGAGUGGACCUGGCAGUGCCACUGCAAUGCAGGGCUGAAGCUCCUGACCGAGACCUGGUAGGCACCCAGUUUGCCCUCAUCAUUUUUGUGUUCGACUCUAGGAAGACCUUUCUCCUCCACCACCUGCUGCAGGAUAUCACCAUGAUCAAUGCCAAGGCUCUGGACCUGGACUCCUACCCUCUCAGGAAUAUCCAGCAGAUCCUGUCAGCCUUUAAGGUACGAGUGAAGGUUCAGGACCAGCAGGACCUGGAUGUGCUCACUGGCUUCCACCUACUGGAUGGGAAGAUCCACGUCUUCAUUUUGGAAGGCUUAGCUGACCAAGGCUUGAGGCGGCUGUGGGAGAUCCACCAAAGCCGAAUUCACAUAUCAGAAUGCAGAAAAUACAAGGUGCUCUACAACUCCCAUCUCCUGUUCCAUCACCGCCUCUACGCAGACCUGGAAACCAUCCUGUACCAUGUGCACCUCUUCAAGCCCCUGUCACUCCUUAUGAAGCACCCCCAGCUCUAUGUCCGGAACACUGUGCCACAGGACACCUUCCAGGCCCUGGUCAGUCUUGAAGACUUACGAAGUCGGAAGUCCACCCUCACUUCUGAGAUCCAUGCCCACCAGGAGAAAUACACGCAGUGGCGGACUAACAUGAUGCUGAAGAAUGAAGUCCAUAAAAACAACAUAAUCCAGCACAGGGCUGAACCACGCCAGAAGCUUAUGCAGCUCUGGCUUAUCACAUCCUUCCUGAAAGUGGUGAAAAUUUCAAAAGUGUUUUAAAUUCCUGUGGAAAAUCUUGACAACAUCAGGAAGGUGUGAAAAAAGGUAAAAGGCAUUCUUUUGGAUAUUGGGCUUGACAGCUGCAAGAAGUUACUGAAGGACCUUAAACCCUCUGAUCCAGAGAAGUACUUUCAUAACAAAUCAUGGGGAGAUGUUUCUCUCUGGGAACCUUCUGGGAAGAAAGUGAGGUACCAGCCAAAUCCCUACUGCUGCAGCCUCUGCAAAUACUUGACAAAGGUGCCCACGUCCUUCAGAAAUCAUCUGCAUCGUUGCCAUGAGGAUGAAAUGGACCAGGAGCUGGUGGUCUCUUGCCCGCAUUGUGCAUUUGUGUUGCAGCCCAACGUCAUGGGGAAGCACCUGAGAAUGUUCCAUGUGCCUGCUUGGAAGGCGCAGAACCCAGUGGACAUUCUAGGCGAAGCCAGAUCUUCCAGGAGUGACGCCACAAGUUCCAUGUGCAAACACAUUGUCUACAGCAUGAAGAAGAAUGUGCUGAUUGCCCGCUUCCACCACCUAAUCAACGCCUACUUCGGCCUGCAGACCAAGGAGGUGGCUGAGCUGUCGAGGGCCAGUGACACUCUUCCUGCUGAGAUACUGCCUCCCAACAAGAAUUACUGUAAAAAGUACAGCACCAAUGUCAGCAGCCAGAACAUUCUCAUGUACCACAUUCUGACUUCAGAUACACAAAGGGACUUGGAGAAUAAGCUGAGAUCUGUGAUCUUAGAGCACAUUAAGAAAACGAGACUUUUGAUGAUUGUCUCCAAACCAACUGCACAUUUGGCCAUCCCACCCAACAGCAGCGUGCCAGGGGUCCCAGCCAUGCUUCCUUGCUUCCAUCUUGCCUUGCCACAGAGUAGCCAAAGCCAAACCUUAGUUCAGCCUGUCUCUGUGGCCUCGGAUACUUUGGGGGCGCUCACCUCCCAGGUCCCCCCUGCCAUCACCCAGUCCCAGGUGACACUUGUCUCCAGUCCACUGCCAGUGGGCCCCAAUGGCCUGACUCUGCUGACGCCAGUCCUGAAGCCUGUCUUCAUGUCCCACAGUGUCCCCAGCCAGCUGGUGAGCCCCACUGUCUUGUCCCUGAGCCAGCCUGUUGGGCUCAUAGCCAGCUCUACUGAGACCAGUGUUCUCCCUGUGAACCAGACCAUCUGCCCAGGGAUUCUGCCCCUCACUCAGGCUGUUGGGCCCCUGAAUAGACCUAGUGGGGCUGGAGCUCUUCCGGGCAGCAAGCCCCCUGGGCCUGGCAUCCUUCCUGUUGGGCAUGCAGUUGCCCCUGGGGCUCUGCAGGCUGUUCCACCAGGGGUGAUCUCUGUGGGCUGGACAGUUCCUCAGCUGGUCCUCCCAGCUGGUCAGGUGGUCCAAUCAGGGGUGGUCCCCAUUGGCCAGACGUCCCCAUCAGGUGUGCUCCCUGCUGGGCUAGUAGUCCCAUCUCAGGUACUCCCCCCUGGCCAGACAGUCCCAUUGAGGGUCCUUCCUGCAGGCCAGAAGGCCACAUCUGGGGCACUUGCGGCUGGCCAUGUGGUCCCUGCAGGGCUGCUUCCUCCAGCGUCAGCAGUCUCAUCGGGGGUACUGUCUGUGGGCCAGAGCAUGAAUCCUGGGCUGGGCCAACCCGUUGUAUCAGGCAUCCUUCCAGUGGGUCAGCCUGUGCGGCCUGGUAUCCUGCAGUUCGGCCAAUCUGUUGGCACCAGCCUCCUGCCUGUGAGCCAGCCCAUCAAACAUGGUGCUGCACCCAGCACCACCUUUCUCACCUCAGACUCCACACAGCUCAUCCCCAAAGGGAAUCAGGUGAAUGGUAUCCCCACAUACACACUGGCUCCGGUCUCGGUCACUCUGCCCAUGCCUCCAGGGGGCGUCGCAGCCACUGCCCCACCCCAGAUGCCCCUCCAGCUGCUAAAACCUGGGGUGGCCAGCCUGUCCCUGCCACCCGUGGUGGUGGGCACACCUCAGAACAUGUUUGUUCAGGCCUCAUCAUCCAUGUUAGAGACAAGUCAGGCCCUCAAGCAGGCUAAGCAGUGGAAGACUUGCCCCAUCUGCAACGAGUUGUUUCCCUCCAAUGUGUACCAGGUCCACAUGGAAAUGGUGCACAAGCACAGCAAGGCCAAACCCAGUGAGAGGCUUGAGCUGGAGAAGCUGGCAGCCUGCACACCGUUCCUGAAGUGGGUGAAGGAGAAAAGCUGUGUGUCCUGCAAAUGCCCCAUCCCAGACGGUGAGCUCAUCUGCCACUUGUUGACACAUGGCCUGGGCUGCCUCUCCUGCCCCUGUAUGUUCCAUGACCUCAGGGCCCUUGUGGAGCACAGCUGUACCAAGCACCUGGGCAAGAGAAGGCUGUCCAUGGACUACAGCAGGGGCUUCCAGCUGGACAUGGAUGCCGCUGGCAACUUGCUCUUUCCCCACAUUGACUUCAUCACCCUCUUGCUGAAGGAUGAGCUUGGUGAGCGGAAAGUAUACCUGGCAGUGCUUGCGGGCAUGCACUCAAAGGCGCUUGUGCCUGUGUACAUUAAGGUGCAGCCCCAGCCAGCAGGCAAGACCUGCCCCUUCUGCUUUGGCAUUUUUGUGACCAUGGAGGUGUAUGAGGAGCACCUGAAGGAGAGGCACCACAUCACACUGAUUGUACACAUGGUCUUGAGGUCGCCUGCAUUCAAGUGCAUCCACUGCAGUGGGUUCUACAAGGACGUGACCCUGGCGGCUAUUGCCAUCCACAUGCUGUGGUGCCAGAGCACCCUGAAGGACAACAGCUCAGACCAGCAGCUACAGCAGCUCAUCGACAACAGGGGGCUGCUUCUGCUUAGUGGGGACAUGAUCCACAAGUCCAGCUUCUCCAUAAAGAGAAAGCUGCCCGAUCGCUAUGCUGGGAUGGAUGCCAAGGAGUGGCCCAUUGUCAUCGAUGCUGACUCCACAGCCGCUCCUGAAAUGGUGGCGGCAAGUGCCAUGCCUUUCAAGAGACAGCAGAACCAGAGCAGGACGGAUGGACUGCUCGUUACUGAUGACAUGCUUCAGAUCCUUGCCCUGAACCCCUGGAAGGACGAGGACCACUCCUACGAGGACAAGAAACAGUUCCUGAGGGACUACUUCCACAAGAGACCGUACCCCAGCAAGAAGGAGAUAGAGCUGCUUUCCUCACUCCUGUGGGUGUGCAAGAUCCACGUGGCCUCGUUCUUUGGGAAAAGAAGGUAUAUUUGCAUGAAAGCCAUAAAAACUCACAAGGCUUCUCUACUUCUUUUAGGGUUUGACACGUCUGAACUGAAAAACAUUAAACAGAAAUUGAACUUUGAAUAUGAACCACAGAACUUGUAA